GUGCGCAGCAGCCUCGUGCCCGGCCUGGCCGCGGCGCUGGUUGACUGCGUGCGCCAGCGCCGCCAUGCGCCGGGCGGCGUCGCUAUGUCAGCCAUAUGGCAUAUUCCCCACCUCCUGCAGCCGGACAUCGUCGGACAGCUGUCGCAGCUGCUCGCGCAGGACCCUGCCGCUGCAGACCCCUUACUGGCCCUGGCUGCUGGCGGGGACCCGCUCGCCGCAGUGCCCGCGUUCAACCUGCUCACCAUCUUAGCCGCAUACUCGGGCUCCCAGGCUGCCUGCUGUGCGGCCUGCCCGGCGGCAGUGGGCGCCGCUGCGCGGUAUGUCCUCGGCUCGGGCGUGGCGCCGCUCUCUGUCGGGGACGCUGCCAUCAAGUUCUUGGCAGCCGUCGCAACGGCAGCCGUCCAGCCCCGAGGCAGCUGCGCCGCGGCGCUGGCGGCGCAGCCGCAGGUGAUCAGGGCUGCGGUGCGGGCCGUCACGUCGGAUGCGGCCGAGCCGGACGCAGCGUAUGAUGCAGCACAACUCCUGGCACACUUGAGCUACUCCAGAGGCGAGGACGUGGCACGCGAGCUGCUACGCGUGCCUGACGCGCUCGCUGCCCUCGUGCGGCGCCUGUCGCCGCCCAUGGAGGACCGCACGCGCUGGCGUUCGGCGGUGGGCUUGAGCCUGGCCGUGACGCGCUACAAAGCGGCCACGCAUGCGGCUCUGCGACUGGGAGCGAUGCGCCCGCUCGUUGUGCUGCUUGAGACGCUCGAUCCUGACCAGAUGGCAGGCGAGAGCAGCCCUGAUGUUGCACAUGCAGCUGGUGGCGUGUUGCUUGCACUGACCUUGCUGUCGCAGGCGGCCGACGACGGCGGCGCAAGGUUCACGCGUGUGGCAUUGCCCGCUCUGAGCGGUUUUGUUCAUGCGCUGAUCGAAGUCGCAAGGCACGGGAACUUGCACACCUGUGGGGCGGCCACAUCUCUUCUGUUCGCGCUCGGCUCGAACGCCCCAGCGCGACAGCUGCGUAUGCCGCCGUCGGUGCGCAACCCUCGUUUGGCGGCGGCCGCCGCAAAGGUGCUGUGCCGUUUGCUUGGGGGCGAGCUGCCAGAGGAGCCUGAUGUGGCGCUAGGCUGGCGCGGCCUCCUGCGUGUCUUUGAGUUGAUUGUGAGUUCGGAGGCCGGCCGCCCGGACUCCACUAUUCCAAGCGCACCGUGGGCGCAAGAGGUGUUGACAGUGCUGCAGGGGGUGGUGGCGGGGCCCUUGACUGCGGCUAAGGGUGGUGAGGCGCAGCUGCAGGAGGACAAUACGCGCAGCUGCAGCGCAGGCCAGCUGCAUCAAGAGGUGCUCCGUGCGGCCACCAACACGUUGCACACGCUUCAGGCCGCGCUCAACGCCGCCCCUGCGGCGCAGCAGGAGCAGCAGCAGGAGCAGCAGGAGCAGCAGCAGAAGCAACAGCAGGAGCUGCAGCAGGAGCAGCAGCAGCAACAGGAGCAGCAGCAGCAGCAGCAGCAACAGGAGCAGCUGCCUCCAGCGCAGCCACAGGCUGGCGCUCCCGCGGCGCCUUCAGCAGCAGGGGCGACCGCUGCCUCAAAGCGGUGUGUUGAGUGCGGGGCAGGGGGCCGCCUGCGGCUGUGCCGUGGCUGCCGGGCGGUGCGGUACUGCGGCGAGGAGUGCGCCAGGCGGGCGUGGAAGGGUGGACACAGGGUGGAAUGCCUGGCGGUGCAGGCGGCAGGGCAGCAGGCUGGGCAGCAGAUGUCGGGUCAGCAGCUGCCGCCGCUAUCUUGA